AAAUAAGCACAACAGUGAAAAAGCGCUCCACUCUGGGCUUGCCAGAGUUUUUGAGCUGUUUGAGCAGAACUCUUGGGGUUCGAUUGCAUUGCCAGUAAUUGGACCCGGCAUAGUGCUGUCAAUACCGGUCAAAGACUCUAUUAAUAUUCUAACUCAGGAGAUCUGUGAAUUUUUAUCCGUAUCCACUGGUCAUCUGCACACCAUUUGUAUUGCAAUAAUGCCUAAUUGUGCUCAUUCUGAAGAGAUGUUCCAGACAGUCUGUGGGAAUCUGAGUGCGAAAGUGGUGGACAACAGAGGAAAAGCUCUGUUUCACUCACUGACCUCUGACCUUGAUGAGAUCAUCAUGCCAGUACAUGGGAUUGAAGUCUGUCUGGUACUCGGAGACAUCAUUAAUGAGACUACCGAUGCCAUCGUGAACACCACCGACUUUAAGAACUUCCAGAUAGCAGGAGUGUGUAAAGACAUCCUUACUAAGGCAGGGCCUCAAAUCCAGGCCCAACUGAAAGCUGCUCAUGUAGGGAGCGGGCAGAUCUUCACAACCCCACCAGGAGGCUUCCCAUGUAAAACCAUCAUGCAUGUUUGUGGAGAGAGAAACCCUGAUGUUAUCAAGAGCUUAGUAAAACAAAUAGUGGUUCAGUGUGACCAGGGCUGCUACAGGUCUGUGGCCAUUCCUGCGAUCUGUGCUGGACAAAGAGGUUUGAAUCAAGUGUGGUGGCCAAGUCCAUUCUAG